AUGAACUACACUCCACAAGACUUUGGCGACCUGUCCUCCCCUGCCAGCCUCGAGCGGAUGGGCAAGUGGGGCGAGAAGGUGGCGGCUCUGCCGCGGGAGAUCCGCCGCGGCCGCCUCAUCCGCGAGGCCGGCGUCGACUGGAAGUCCCUCCCAGGCUGGAAAGGGCUCAAGGACGUCGACAAGGUGUACUUCAACCCCAACAUCGACGACCAGACCCUCUGGUGCCCUCGCGUCGGUACAUUGUUCGAGGAGGACACGGGGCACCUGCUGGUGGAGGUGGAGCUGCCGGGCGUGCCCCGGGAGGACAUCGGGCUGGAGCUAGACGAGGACGACGAAGACGGCUCCAUGAGUCUCACCAUCGCCGCCCUCAAGCCCCAACGCGCCAAAGAGGAAUCUGCGUGCGAGGUGCAGGGGGUGUAUCACAUCCAGGAGAGACACUACGGCCGCUUCUUUCGGACCGUGCGGCUGCCCUACAAGGUCGAACGCGACCUCAUCCGGGCGCACAUCAGCGAAGGGGUGCUGCACGUGCACCUGACGAUGAAGACCUCGAAAGCGCGGAUCCACAUCGGCGAGCGCGAGGACGAGGAGGCCACCUCCGCCUCCGCCAAGGGCAAGGAGAAGGGCGAGCAGGCCAAGUAG